UUAGCCGCAGAGAGCCGCAGCCAAUCCAAAACGCGGAAGUCAUCCACUGUUGGUGUUCGCGUGUCGUGUGGCGAGCGUGGCGAGUCAAACCUGUUGCGCUGGCCGUUCCGUCGGCGAUUUGAAGGCCGCACUCGAUUCGAGCACUCACAGGGCGCACGAAAAUUGUUGCGACCAAAACAACGGACGACGUUUAACGCAGAAAUCACGUGCGCAGGUGCGAGUCGCUAACAGUCUUGCGCUCCUGCCGCGGAUAUUUGUGAGAGACGUUCGCGAGUGUGUGGCGAGUCUGUUUCACAAGGCUGACCCGUCUGCCUGCUUGGUCAGGCAUCUCGCAAGUGCUGUUCGCGGACUAUGAGUAUUGUUCUCCGUUCACUCGCUUAGGUCAGCGUCUGGGAGCAGCCGGCCACAAUGUCCAAGAUCGAAACCUGGCAAGACGUUCUCGACAGCACCACGGAACGCGUACGUCAGGGAAAUGGUUUUGCCGUCUUUAGCGCGCUUGAAACAAAUGAAGAGCGAGUCAGGUUCUGCCUCCGCCACGAAGUGGCCCAUCCGCGCAUCAAGCACUGGUUGACAGUUCUCUGCUCGUCGAAGCACCGCAAGUUCUGGGAGAAGGCCUCUGAACUGCGGAGCGAGGGAAACAUCUGCUUCAACCGCAAGCAGUAUGCGAAAGCAGCCGAGUUUUACACGCAGAGCAUCCUCUCGGCUCCUUUUCCGGAUACUCCAGACGCUGAAGGACACGCUGAAGAGAUGUCGCUAGGAUUUGCAAAUCGGUCCGCCGCAUACUUUCACGCAGGCAAGUACAAACGCUCCUUGUGCGACGUCCGCUACGCAUUCGAGCUCGGUUAUCCCAACCACCUGCGCUACAAGUUGUAUCUGCGGAAGGGUCAGUGCUACCUGCGCCUCGGAAAGCCCAGAGAAGCGCUGGAAAAUUUUGACUUGGCCACUAAGGCGCUGCGGCGCGCGGGUCUGGACAGCCGAAAACACGCACAGCAGGCGAAGGAAAUCGAUAUGUUCAAACAAGCGUGUAGCGGUAACAAGACACCACCUGUUCCAAGUGACGAAGAUGACCCCGACGACGAAUCACAGGUACCCAGUGUAGUCCGCGGCGUUCACGAUUCUGUACCGAACUGCACCAAUGCCGUGGACAUUCUGUACAGUACAGAGAAAGGACGCUUCGUGGUGGCCAACCGAGAGCUACGGACUGGUGAUGCAGUUUUCGUCGAAAAGCCGUAUGCUUCGGUUCUGCUGCCAGGCCACACAAAAACCCACUGUCAUCACUGCCACAAAAGGCUCCAAAACGCUGUUCCGUGCUCACAGUGCAACCAGGUGCGGUACUGUUCUUUCAGCUGUGCAAAGGAGUCCUGGAGUCGGUACCAUGACUUGGAGUGUGGUAAUCUGAACCUUUUGUACUCUGUAGGAAUUGCACAUUUGGCUGUCAGGAUUCUUUUUGUAACAGGCCUAGCCAACCUUGUCCGGUUUUCUCAAGCUCUCUCUGCGGGGGAUGAUGAAAUCAAUGAAUUUAACUAUAAUGCUGUAUAUGAGCUGGUUACACAUGAUGACAAGAUGUAUGCUGAUGACAUGCUGCAAUACUCCCUGACAGCAGCAUUACUCUACAUGCUGCUGGAUCAGGUCCAGUUUUUUAGCCUCGAUGAAGUGACUUCAAAGGCUUCAGCACUGAGCCUCACUGGAAGAAAUGGGUCAAGUAACCACCCUGGCCUGCCCAUAAUGGAGCCCAGUGUGGCAGCUUUGAAAACAUUUGCAGGAGGUCUCUUGCUACGCCACAUUCAGCAGCUUGUGUGCAAUGCCCAUGCCAUCACAUCACUGGAGUCAAGAACAAUGCAGGAGGAUGACGUUGUGGUCACAACUGAGCAAGUUCGUAUAGCCACAGCCAUCUACCCAAGUGCAAGCCUUAUGAACCAUGCUUGCAACCCCAACAUUAUUUCAAACUUUCCUUGUGGCUCAACUCUUGUGGUGAGAGCUGUAAGGAAUAUUGCAGCUGGGGAGGAAGUUUUGAACUGCUAUGGUCCUCACUACCAAAGAAUGUCCUUUGCAGAACGGCGCCAGACACUGCAGGAGCAGUAUUUCUUCACUUGCAACUGCACUGCUUGUGGUGCUGGGGAGGAUGCUGAGCAACGCCUGCAGGCCUUGAAGUGCGAAUACUGUGAUGGGCCACUGAAUAUGCCUGAUGAUAGUGGGAAGGCUGCCUGCUUAGACUGUGGCACCACUCAAGAGUGCCUUGCACGUGAGCAGAAGGCUUUUCGAAUGCAUGACCUCUACGUUCAAGGUGUGCAACUUGCUGAAAAGGGUAACCACUUGGAAGCUCUGCAGCGCCUCAACAAAUGCUUGAAGGCACGGGAGAAGCUGAUGUACAAACACAAUUUAAAACUUCUGGAAGCCAAGGAUAUGGUGGCAAAAUGCUUCUGUGCAAUUGGCGACUUUCGAUCAGCAUGUGAAGUGCUGAGUCCUGCUGUUGAUGCGAUCCGGGAGAUAUAUGGUGAGAACAGCAUCGAGCUUGCCAACGAGCUUCAGAAGAUGUCGGACAUACUUGUGAAUGCUGUGCCUCAGGCAAUCCGCCAAGAAGCUUCAACGGAGGAGAUUGAGCACCUUAUAAAGAAUGCAGAUUCUGUGAUUGACGAAGCAAUGACUAUUUACAUUCUCCAUUAUGGAAGGAGACACCACACAACACGGGACUUGCAAGCAAAAAGAAGAAUAUUAGCGACAGUGUCAUAGAGUUGCACGUUAGAGAGAGAGAGAGAGAGAAAGGCAAAGGAAACACAGGGAGGUUAACCAGAGAUAUUUCACGUUAGAAGCUUAUUCUUAUGUUACAUGACAAGAACACUAUGAACACUUUGCCAGCAAAACCUUGUGUGUUAAUCUGGUUCUUUGCAUGGAGCUGCCCGUGUUUUGUUCUAUUUUUUACCAAGUGGUGAAUGUGAGUAUGGUAGGCAAUUUUUUUAGCAAUACGAUGCAAAUCGAGGUGUUUUGCACAGAAAAGAAUGAAGUAAAAAAAAAGUGCAUUUCAGGCAUAGUUGAUAACAGGGUAGCACAUGAAGACAUUCAAUGCAUUUGUGCCAUUGGGUAAAGCACAUUGUUAUAGAAGGAAUUAUGCUUCAACUCAAACUCUGGCUUUAAAUUAAGAGAGCUUUACAUUUUAAUGUAGCAACUUGGGCAAGUGUGUGACGUGUUCCUACAGAUGUGCAGCACAUUUAACUGUUGCUCAGAGCAACUGCACUGGAAGUACUGCCUGUAGGCUAUUUCCAAUAUCACAUAGUGCUGACCAGAGUGUUUUAAGUGUUUUCCACUUUGACUUAUAUGCGAGCAUCAGCUCAUCACUUGUUCCUUGUGUGUUCUUUGUUGAGUAUUCUGUGCUUUUCAAAGGCUCUGAGUCCUGUGUGGUGUAUUUUUAAUUGCAUUAGGUUUCUCUGUUAGCAAGAUUGUCUCUUUCCAAGUAGUGUGUGAGGUUAAAUGCAUCAGGAAAUGCAACUAAAUUAAGUGAAAUGCAAUAAAGUAAUGUUCAUACAUGCA